AUGGCUUCCCCAGACAAGAGCAAGAAGAGCAAGAAACAAAAGCACAUUUCAUGCGAGACUUCUACAUUCUGUUUGAGUUUAAAUGACUUACAAUCAAUCAGCAAGAGAAGACGAAUAUCUGCUACAAAUAUAGACCUCUACGUUGACGGGAAAAUGUUUAGUUGUCAUAGAAACGAAUUGAUGAUAAGUAGCUCAUACUUCAUGGAACUGUUGAACAGUUCCAGACAUCAAGGAAACAAUACAAGUGUAGUUGAAAUCAACGAUGUCAGCUCAAGUAUAAUGGAGUUAAUAUUGAAUUAUAUUUAUACUGGUUCAGUUACCAUAGCAACAAGCAAUGUGGAUAGUUUGUUGGAAGCAGCCAUAUUAUUUCGAAUUGGGCACCUUGCGGAUUGGUGUGUUCAGUUCACAUUGGAUCACAUAGAUGUUUCAACUUGUCUUGGUGUGUGGCAGAAAAUGGAGUCUCUUGAUUUGACAGAUGCCAGUAACAAGGCAAAGAAGUACGCAUUGGGAAACUUCAGGCUGGUGUGUAAGGAGUCAAAUUUCAUUGAGCUAUCCAAGGAAUCUUUGAUUAAACUCUUAUCUGAUGAGUUUCUCAGCGUAGAGAGUGAGAAUACCAUUGGCUACGCUGUGCUAUCAUGGCUUCUUCAUGCUCGAGCAGAACGCAUGGCAGAUUUUGGUGACGUUUUGAUGACAGUGAACAUACAAGCAAUAACGUCCGCUAUUCUGAUAAACAGGUUGAAGAGUCAGCUAGUACGCAUCAAUGACGCAGUAUCCAGAGACCUCCUGAAACGGUUUGCAGACAAUAUGCAAAGCGAUAAUCCAUGCAGCAGGCGAUAUCAAGUAGUCGGCAUCAUAGGAGGCUUGAGACCGAACAGUAAACACAAUCAGAAAGUCCACUAUUACAACCCAGUUGGAAAUACUUGGAAAACUCUUACGCAGAUACCGAAAGAUUAUCAGAUUGAAAGUGCUGUGGUCUAUGGUAAUAUUAUUAUCACUCACCAAAACAGAGUUAUGAGGAUGUUCAAUUUAGAAACCAGAGAGUGGUCAGACCUACAUAACCAAGUCGCAGUGCGUAGACCCCAGUGUAAAAUGUCAAAGAUGCUGGCAUUAGAUAAUAAGGUCUAUUUUAUUGGCGGGCUAGACAAGUCUGGUACGGAUGGUGGAUUCAUAUGCUACGAUCUUAUCAACCACUGUGAAUUACCUGUGGCACAAAUGGAAUGGAGCGGAGUGCAGUUUUCGUGUGUUGUAGCCUAUCAUGGAAAAAUAUAUGCAUUUGAUGAAGCAUCCGAAGAAAUUGAUCACAUAUCAGCAAUUCAUUGCUAUGACCCAAACACCAACCAGUGGCAACGAGCAGGCGAUAUCCCAGAAGGCUUUCCGGUAAAUUCACAGGCUGUAGUUUUUGACAAAUUCAUCUACAUCUUUCACGAUGCAGGUAGCAUACAUGUGUACCAUCCAUCGGAGGAUCAGUGGUUGCCAAGGAUACAAGGACCUGAUGACUAUGAAGCGUACAUCGGCUCUUUCGGUACUGUAUGUAACUGUAUGCUUUAUAUACCAAGUAAGCAAUAUGGUGCCGACGGUUUGGAGUAUUAUUAUAUGUGUGUCUAUGAUUUGGUACACUAUUACUGGAGAGUGAAAACUGUGAUGAAAUCAGUGUACAAUGCAAGCUGUGUUACAUUACUUGUGUGA